AGGCAUCCAUAGCAAUUGUUUGGAUAGGAUAACACAAUUGUGUCCAACUCCAACACAUUAUAUUGACAGUUUGACAUAGCUAAAGAUUUUGAAGACCCCACUCAAACUGAUCACUAUCUACUCUCCUCCACUACUCUUCCAACCAUUUUCUCCUUUGCACAAACAGAAUCUUGGAACUAAUAGCAGCUCUACAGAAGGAAUGGUCUCUUUUGCUUCAACACUUCCCUCUUUGGUUUCACUCAGUCCCUCCCAAUCUUUCAUUACCAAUGCCUCAAGAUCCCCUCAUCAACCUGGUGUGAUUUGUUGUAAGUUUGGAGCAGAUCAUAAUAAUGAGGAUCGCUUUCGUAGACGUGAUAUUCUUCAAUCCGUAGGAGCAGCAGCAGCAGCUAUGGACUUGAUAGCAAGAUCCACCUCGUUUAUUGAAGUAGCUAAUGCUGCUGAUUUGAUACAACGCAGACAGCGGUCAGAAUUUCAAUCAAAGAUAAAGACGACUCUUUUCGAUGCUAUGAAGGCAAAUCCGGAUAUAAUUCCAUCCGUACUAACUUUAGCACUUAACGAUGCCAUGACCUAUGAUAAGGCAACAAAAUCCGGAGGUCCCAAUGGAUCAAUACGCUUAAGCUCAGAGAUCAGCAGACCAGAAAAUAAAGGGCUUGUUGCUGCUUUGGAUUUGUUGGAGGAAUCGAAGAAGGUUAUAGAUGCAGAUUCCAAAGGUGGACCAAUUUCGUAUGCAGAUCUCAUCCAGUUUGCUGCACAAAGUGCAGUCAAAUCAACCUUUCUCGCUUCUGCUAUUAGCAAAUGUGGUGGUAAUGUAGAAAAGGGAACUUUGUUGUACUCUGCAUAUGGUUCUAAUGGACAGUGGGGCCAAUUUGAUAGGCUAUUCGGGAGAUCAGAUGCCCAGGAGCCUGAUCCAGAAGGGAGGGUGCCUCAAUGGGAUAAAGCAAGUGUGCAGGAAAUGAAAGACAAGUUCAAAGCUGUUGGUUUGGGCCCUCGUCAGCUAGCAGUAAUGUCUUCAUUCUUGGGUCCUGAUCAAGCUGCAACAGAGGCCCUACUUGCUACUGAUCCAGAAGUUCUUCCUUGGAUUCAGAAGUACCAAAGGAGCAGGGAAACAGUAUCUCGAACUGAUUAUGAGGUUGAUUUGAUUACUGCUAUUACAAAAUUAAGCAGCUUGGGACAACAGAUAAACUAUGAGGCAUAUACUUAUCCUGCCAAGAAAAUUGAUUUAAACAAACUCAAGUUGUAGAAAGGUGUCAGCUGCAGUUUUUAGCACUAUGAAUUGAGAUACAUCUGCUUACUGGUAAAGAUUUGCAGAUCAGUAACAGAGGUUUGAGAUUUUUUUUCCCACGAGGGGAUAGAAACCGUUUAGUUUACAAUAUGAUUUUUCAAUCAGUGUUAUAUGCUGGUAUAUUGUGCCAGUAGAACCUCUAUAUGUAUUGUCCGCCAGGCGCCAACAAGAUUGUCUUUCAAGAUAAUUCAUGCAACAUAUUUCAUUA